UAUAUAUACAUAUAUUAUACAUAUAUAUAAAUGUGUGUGUGUGUGUGUGCGUAUAUACAAUGUAUAUACAUACACCACUCCUUCCCACUCGUCGUGAGUCGUCAUAGAGUCUAAGAACUGUCCUAGGGAUAUUUGCGGUUCGUGUUCUCAUUCGUUCGUUAAUUGGUUGCUUGGUUCUCUUCGUAGGUACCAUGACCGAAACGGUGUCGCGAUUUAAUCGGUCGCGAGAUCGCAAGACGUCUUUGACGUAUCGUCAUUAUUCGUCCAUUCUUUCCCUUGAGAAGGGAGAGAAGGAAAAAAGAACGCGUGCGGUUGUUCUGUCACCAUCUCAACGAAAAAUGUCAUGGUCGUAUGACUUUUCGAGAGAAACAAAAGAGAAAUGGUAUCAUCGCGAUGAUACCUGAUUAAGUUGGGAAGGUGGUUACGGUUAAAUCCUCGCUUAUAGUUAUUAACGACACGAUGUGACGACGAGCAAGCCCGCCGUGAGUCGCGCGCUCGUACGGUGCGGUUGCGCGCGCACACACACGCGCAUGCGCCGGCCGCGGCAGAGUUGCACUCGUAGUGCAAGUUCGACGGUCGUAAUAGCGGUCCGACGGUGACUGUGGGUGCGUCAAUGGCGGCGGCAAUAGCUCUAUGAUAAACAACACACCAAAGGAUGAUGACAAUGAUGAUGAUAUAUAUGACUUGUCGUAUUAAUCUUCUCGUUGAUGAUGAUGACCAAGAUAAUGCGCGCUCGUUCUCUAACGACAAUGCAUCUAUUCUUCCUAGACUACUUUUUCUCCAUCCGUUCGUCCAUACGCUUGCCCAUAAGUCAGUCCGUCUGUCCGUUCGUUCGUCCGUCCGCCCGUCCGUCCGUCCGUCUUUCCGUUCGCUUGUGCGAUGUAUAAACUCGCGCGUGCAUCGUUAUAUGGAUCGUGGAUCGAAGCGUUACCACACGAUUCUGGACAUGCGGAGAGAGUGGCGAUGGACAGUCAACCCUUUAGACAACCCAGUGCUAAGAGACGAGCAUCGGUAACUUUCGAGAUUUGAGGGAGAUUAAAUCAACAUAUUGGUUGCUGCUGUACAAAAAUACUGCUGUUAUUUAACUCUGGCAUCUAUACGUGUAUUCUACUCUGACUUAGAUUUCAUAAGAAGAAUCGGGGGAAUCGUCCUGUUAAAUUGAUUUUCCAUCUAAAAGUAUUCUAGAAUACAGUAAUGUCACGAGACUAUGAUAGAAGAAGAGGAGGAGGCGGGAGCAGUAGCAGCUCGAGCAAACUUAGGAUGGACACUAGCGUAUCCCAGACAAGACCACACGGUGAAAGUUCGAGCAAAAGGAGGGAAUUAGAUACCGUCAUGCGAAAAGCUCGUGAGUCUCAGUCGAGCUAUUGGAAUAAAAAACUUUUGGAAGUAGAAGAACGUGAUCCGAAUAGAUGGCGACACAGUGGAUAUAAAGAACUUUAUGUCGGAGGUACAUCAACUGGAGAACCAAGCAGAAGUCAUCCACGUAGUCCGAGAAGCCCAAGACCAAGAAGUCCUCACAGCCCACGACCACGUAGUCCGCGUGCUAGAAGCCCUAGGUCACCACGAGAUCGUUCUCAUACAAGAGGAAGAGCUGCGAGAAGUCCUAGUACAGGAAGCACCUGCUCGGACAGAUCAUGCUCUGUUUGUUCGCCUAAGGAACGUCGUCGUAUUGCACCACCGUCUCGUUCGCGUUCAAGAUCAAUUACCCCCAUACGCGCGCGUCCACAUCCCAAAGAGGUCGUACCUUCGAGUUCACGUGCUAUACCACCUCGAACCAGACCAAGGUCGCCGCCUCUACCACGUCCUAGAACACCCCCACCGGCUCCUCAACCUCCUCCGAGACAUCAAAAAGAUUAUAAAGCUUUGAAAGAAAAAGAAGUUAAGGUUAGACGCAAGGAGAAACAUCAUGGCAGGUUACCAGAAGAUCCACGUGUUCCAGACCCUAUACCAUUGAUGCGCAAACCUGUUAAAGUAGAAAAAACACAUUCAAGUCAUGGAGCACCACCGAUGAUGCGACAGCCACCAGAUUCGUCACCCAGUGAAGACAGUGACAGUUCAUCUGCAACAUCACAUACGGGACCACCAAGAAUGACGCUUUCCGAACGAUUUGGUAAAAUGGCUCAAUGGAGCGUAGAUAGAAGAGACAUGGAAAAUAUGCGUAUCACUAAGGACGGGGAGAAUGCUAUGAAAGUGGUAAUAGAGGGUGAAGAAAGAAUUGCUAGAUUGGGUUAUGAAUCUCCACCUCCAGGACAUUAUCCUGAAUCGUUAUUAGCCCAAGGACCAAGAGGUUUAGAAUGUUGGGACGAUGUAAGAGUUCGAUACGAUUAUUAUAAAGCAAGAGGAUAUUUACGUGACCUCACAUUAGACGAUUACAUCAAAUGGGAGGAAUGGUGGUACAAAUACCAAGAGUGGUUAGAGGCUGAACGAUAUUAUGAACAAUGGGCCUCUUCAAAUCGUGCUUCCGGAGGAGGUCGCAAAAGGCGUGGACGACGAAAUAAUCCCACUCAUUAAACGAUAAAAAAACAAAACAAAUAAAUAUAUAUAUAUAAUAUUGAAUAUAUAUAUAAUAAUAUUGAAACAAUAAUGAUAAUAAAUAAUAUUUAAAAAGAGAAGAAAACAAAUCGAUUACUAUAUUACCGCGGUACAAGCUUGUUCUAGAUUAUUUUAAAUGGAAUCUUUCUGUCGUCGACAUAUGUAUACACAUAUAAUGUUUCUAAUUAUUUACAUAAAACACGUAUAGUUACAUAUUUACGUUA